GGACGAGGUUCUUUGGUUGUCAAGAAAAGUUUUUGAUCAGACUCCUGCAAACGCUUCGUUAGAUCACACAUAAAAUUUCCAUGUAUGAGCUAGAUCCUGAUGUUGUUCGGUGGGGUCUUCACCUCAUAGAUGUUUGCUCUUUGACGAAUGAUGGUUCUCAACGAACUAUUACUUGUUAUGAGAAGGACAUCUCGAUGACUGAGUCUGUGGAAGAAGGUUUUAAUGAUCCAGCAUACUCUAUCAUGGAGAAUGACGAAGUAAUUGCUCAAGCUCUUCAGGAAGAAUUAUCAAGGCUUGCUGUUGUCGAGGCAUCAGGAUCUGCGUCUUCAGGGGAACAAUAUCAGAAAGCAUCUGUUCUUGCUCAGGAUUGGGUUGGUCCUUCAGAACGACACUUAAAUUCUGAGUAUCAAAGUAAUCAAGAAGAGGAGGGAAACAAUGAUGCAGUUUUAGUUGAACCUGAAGAAUCAUCAAUGGAGAAUGAGGAUCAGAAUGUCUUACCAGAGAUAGAAGAUGAAUCAGUUCUUGAUGACGAGUUGGGCAAAAGGCUGAAUCAGAUGGUCCCGGUUCCUCAUGUUCCUAAAAUUAAUGGAAACAUACCGUCUGUUGAUGAGGCCACAUCUGAUCAUGAGAGGCUGUUGAACAGAUUGCAGUUAUACGACUUAGAAGAACUAAAAAUUCUGGGAGAUGGGAACUGUCAGUUCCGUUCGUUGUCGGAUCAAAUAUAUCGGAGCCCAGAUCAUCACAAAUUUGUGAGAGAGCAAGUAGUGAACCAGCUUAAGUCCCGAGCUGAGCUGUAUGAAGAUUAUGUUCCCAUGGCUUAUAGUGAUUACUUGAAGAAAAUGAGCAAAAAUGGGGAAUGGGGCGAUCAUAUCACAUUGCAGGCUGCGGCAGAUUGGUUCGGCAUCAAGAUCUUUGUCAUUACGUCGUUCAAGGAUACAUGCUAUAUUGAGAUUCUUCCACAAAGUCAGAAGUCAAAUAGAACUAUAUUCUUGAGCUUCUGGGCUGAAGUGCACUAUAACUCGAUUUAUCCGUUAGGAGAACUGCCAUCGGUGGAGGAGAAGAAAAAGAAGCGAUGGUGGUGGUGACGACGAAUUUUGAUCGAACAAUUGAAUUUUUUUGCAUCUUAUGGCAAGUUUCAACAUCACGGAUGAGAAGAGGGUUUGGCUUCUUUAUACAGUUGCUUACACUGUACAUAAGAAUUUUAAUGACAUAUUUUUGCUUCUAUUCAUUCAUUGUUGCUGCCCUUCUUUUCUUAUUUAUUUUUGUAAAUAUAAAGACAUUCAUUUUAUUUAGUUUGUAAAUUAGAUAUGUGAAAAGGCCCCAUUUUUUAUUUUAUUUAUUUAUUCUAAUUGUGUUCUCAACUUAUUAUAUGUCUACCUAAGAACUUUUAGAAUUUAUUGUAUCUUCGUAAAAGUAGCAACUUAAUAUAAUGCAACUACCAUACA